AUUACUUGAAAGAAAAGAUCUUUCAAUAAUCAGCUGCAUUCUUGGGUAAUGGGGAUUAUUGCAUGGGCAGUCCGCACAUGCUUAUCAAGAGACAACACUUUCCGUUUAUAUAGUAUUUUUCGUUUAAAGGAAGUUCUUUCUUAGCGAAAACCCAGUUUAAAAAUUGUGGUACUUGGUAAAAUUGUGCGGACUACAGGCUACUCUGGGAAGGUGUUUAUGCGGACUGCAGACUACUCUGGGAAGGUGUUUAUGCGGACUGCAGACUACUCUGGGAAGGUGUUUAUGCAGACUGCAGGCUUCUCUGGGAAGGUGUUUAUGCGGACUGCAGACUACUCUGGGAAGGUGUUUAUGCGGACUGCAGACUACCCUGGGAAGGUGUUUAUGUGGACUGCAGGCUUCUCUGGGAAGGUGUUUAUGCGGACUGCAGACUACUCUGGGAAGGUGUUUAUGCGGACUGCAGACUACUCUGGGAAGGUGUUUAUGCGGACUGCAGACUACUCUGGGAAGGUGUUUAUGCGGACUGCAGACUACUCUGGGAAGGUGUUUAUGCGGACUGCAGGCUACUCUGGGAAGGUGUUUAUGCGGACUGCAGACUACCCUGGGAAGGUGUUUAUGCGGACUGCAGACUACUCUGGGAAGGUGUUUAUGCGGACUGCAGGCUACUCUAGAAUGGUGGGACUGCAGGCUACUCUGGGAUGGUGGGACUGCAGGCAACUCUGGGAUGGUGGGACUGCAGGCUAUUCUAGGAUGGUGGGACUGCAGGCUACUCUGGGAUGGUGGGACUGCAUGCUACUCCGGGAUGAUGGGACUGGUGGCUACUCUGGAAUGGUGGGACUGCAGGCUACUCUGGGUAGGUGGGACUGCAGGCUACUCUGGGAUGGUGGGACUGCAGGCCACUCUGGGAUGGUGGGACUGCAGGCUACUCUGGGAUGGUGGGACUGCAGGCUACUCUAGGAAUGUUGGACUGCAGGCUACUCUGGG